AUGGCUGCCCUCACCAUGACUCCCUCCCGUCAGCCGUUUGCCAGCCUGGACACCCCCAGGAUGCGGCCUUUCAUGCGGUCCAAGCUGAACCGUCAGAACAAGCUGAAUGGAGCUGCUCUCUCAGCUUCGUCCAAGAACUCCAUCUUCAUCGAUGACUCCGAGAACGUCGAUCCCAACAACCUCAGCCUUUCCGCCAAGCGCAAGCGCUCCCUGGACGACGAAGAUGUCUCCAAGGGCUCUCCCAAACCCGUCAAGACCUCCCGCAUUGCCCUCACCACCCGCGAAUUCAACUUCUCCCCUCGGCUCUCCACCCCUUUGCGAAAUGGGCCCUCAACUCCGAAAUCCGCUCCCGUGCUCAAACCCGCUGGCCGAUCCCCACCUCCCAAGUCCAGCAAGCCAUCCGGUCGUCACUCGUCCAUCGCCAAGCCUCGGCCGGAAGCCAGCAGACGUGGAGUUGCCCGCCCCUUCUCCCUUGCAGCUGCCCUCAGCCAGGGCAAGAAGGCCGCACCUUCUCCUUCGCCUCUCAAGCCUCCAUCCAAGGCCCCCGCCUCUUGGUUCUUCGACAUCCACGUCGACACCGAGCAGGAGGAAAUGACCAACCUCAUGCAGCACUCCACCGGCGUCCUUGAUAUCAGCGAUGACGAGGGCAAGGCUUCUGUCAUCGACGGCCGCGGCAAGGAGAACGUGCCCCCCGCGGAACUGGGAAUUGACCUCCCUCCUUCUCGCGCUUCGGUCUCCCUCGCUGCGGCCACCGCUGCUCGUAAGGCCUCCAAGAUGGAAGAAGACCGGGCUCCGCUCGGCGAAUUGGCUGCUUCCGACUACUAUUCGGAAGACUGCAAUGCUUUCUCCUACACCGUCGUCUACGAUGACGACGAUGAGAACGUUCCUUCCUCGAACAAGGCUACUGGCCUUACUCCCCCGAUUCAGUCAACUUUCGUGUCGCCGGCCAUCAUUGCCUCCAUUGACUCUGUGCUGGACUCCCCCGUUCCAUCCAAGCCUACGUCCGAAGAGGAAAUUGGCGAAUCUGAUGCGAAGAUUGAAAUUUGGGAAAGUUCCAGUGCCGCUGGGGAUUCAGAAGAAAAAGCUGAACCCUAA